CUUAGGUGCGUACAGAUACACGGCUGUGAAAGGGUACAUCGGAUAAUACUAGGCAUCAAGAAAUACAGCCGUCAUGUCUGGGUCCAAAAGUAAAGGAUGUAUGAAGUCGGCCAUCAUCAUAUUCAACCUCAUCGUGUUUGUAAGUAGUCUUGCCGGAUCAGCAGUGCUAGCCCUCGGGAUUUUCAGUCUCGUUUCGGAUUAUGGCGCUAAACAACUAUCUUCUGUGCUUGGUAACGACCUGUAUCACGAUGCCGCUUACGUUGCCAUAGCAGCAGGAGCCGCUAUAACAGCCAUCUCUAUGUGUGGCUGCUGUGGCUCAAUCAAAGAAAGCAAAUGCAUUCUGGGAAUGUAUCUGGUGUUCAUGAGCUUCAUAUUUGUCGUGUUGCUGACAGCUGCCGUCCUUAUUUUCAUAUUCCUUGGGCAAAUCUCCAAGGACGCCAAAGUAUCGAUGACGUCAAUUCUGACGGAGCAGUACGGAGUGGACCUAGACGAACGCGCCGACAACAGGGUCGUUACGGACAUGUGGAACUUCAUGCAGAAACAGUUACAAUGCUGUGGUGUCUCCGGGGGAGCGAACUCUACCACCUCCUGGGCGGCGUACAAGCUGGAGUCAAAGUGGUAUGAACAGUUUUCAGCAGGGAUACCAUACGUGCCUGACAGUUGUUGUCGGCCCGAGGGUGACCUGGAGCUGUGUACAGGGAUGAAGACGUUUUCUGGUCCCCCUGGGGCUGAUGUUCCCCUCCUACCCGGUACUGGCAGAAACCCACACAUGUACGAUACGGGUUGCUAUGACGAGGUUGUCCAUUACGUACAGGGCCACGCCCUAAUCAUCGGAGGGGGAGCGCUAGUGGCGGUCGUUAUAAUUCUGUUUGGCAUCAUCUCUGGUGUGUGUUUAUGCAAGAGAAUUAGGUACGAUGCGUUCCUCUCGUAAAGCUGUGGAUCACGUGACCACCACGUGACGGAGCCUAGACAAAUCAUUCGAGUCGAGCAGCAUCAUCAAUAGUACUACUUGAAAAGGACUGAAAUAUAAAAGAUAAACAGAUGAAUUGUAAACUUUCAUUUGGAUAAAUUUAAAUAUCCAUAUUUUCAAUUGAUGUCCUGAUUGGUAAAUGUUCGUGGAUGUGUGAUAUGAGAGAGAUAAAUGUCGACUCAUAAUAGGAACACUUUUGCGCCGUUCGUGUGUUCCCAUUGACUGCGCCCUGAAAUCCAAAACAUAACGUGCUGUUGUUUCUGUGUGCGUCAGGUCAGCAAUGACACGAAGAAGUAGACAUUUUGUCAGUUGUUCACGUCAUUGAAUAUAACAUAGGAUUUCUAGAACUCUGCGUUUCGCCAUGAAUAAUAUGUUUAUCCGAGAAGUUCCUGUUUAUUUAGAAUAUUGUGUUUUCUGGAAUAUCUUGCUGCUUUGGGUUGCUUUGCAAACUUAACUGUAUGUAUAUACAUGGAUAGCGACCCAAACGAAAAAUGAAUUGUGAGCAGUUUCUGUGAGAACACCCUAUUUAUAUUCAACACUCUAUUUUCAUGAAUACCAUGUUUAUCUGGAAUACCGUGUUUAUCUGGAAUACCAUGUUUAUCUGGAAUACCGUGUUUAUCUGGAAUACCAUGUUUAUCUGGAAUACCAUGUUUAUCUGGAAUAUCAUGUUUAUCUGGAAUACCAUGUUUAUCUGGAGGCUGUGUUUUUGUCACUGAUAGGUUAUUUCAAUUUUUAUUUACAUGGAUUUACCAAACGCCCUUUUUCUCUGGAUUUAUUUUUGCGGUCAAAAUGACAAGUCAAAUUGAUAAAUUAAAAUAUUACUUCAGUCUGUACGUUAGAGUAUAGUUACACUGUACAUCGGUUUGGUAUUCAUUUGAUCCUAGUUUGGUUCAUUCUGUAAUAUUCACCAUCUGUAACAAAUCACAUUUUCAUCCAAUACGCUAUAAAUCACAGGGGCUCGACAUUUGCUAAUUUUCACUGAAUAUCAUGGCGGUAAGGAAUUUAAUAUGAAACACUAUUCGUACAACCGUAUUAUGAACGUGCCUAGCUCCUGUGCCUCCGCUUGUGUUAAUCUGGCCAUUCAUUUCUCUACAUCAUAUGUUACAAAUCACGUUGCUUAUCUGUAUGGUAUAUCCAACAGCCUAUAAAUAGCAGGGGGCCGACAUGUGAUAAUCAAAUAAUAAAUAACUGCUGUGAGUGUAGUAUGGUAGGGAUAUAUCACAGGGAUGAGUAAUAUUAGAUAGAGUAAAUAACGAAGGUCGGAGGUCGGAGUUGGUUCUUAAUCAUUUAAAUACUAAAUCGUAUGCGGCCAGAUGUAUGCUGCUAUUGUUGUUUAUUUAAGUCCUUUGUACAUAUAAAAUUAAUUUAUAAUCAUGUGUCUGUAAGAUUUUAGAUGUUUCACUGUGCGAGUGAGUGAUAUUCUGUGAGAGAUUUAUAAAACGUUACAUUGAUAAUUAAAUUAUGAUUGGG